UUAAAAUUAUUUAUUUGCUUUGGUUACUCAUGAUCAUGUAAAAUCAAUCCUAACGGACUUGUUACAAUUUGAUAUGUAUUUAUUACAAUAUUAUAUGUGAUUGAUUUAAUUAUAUACAUAAUUCGUUUAUGCAUAAUAUAAAUUUUAAUAAAUAACAAAUGAAUUGCAUGUAUUAUUUAUGUGGUUAGCAGCUUGUAACUACACCGUUUAAUUGAAACAAGUCACUUCUUUAUUGACUUUGGACCAUUUUUUUCUGUGUAGCCAUUGUGUAAUAUAAUUUUAUUAUCAAAAUAAAGUUAUAUUUACACAUGUAAAUAUUUUAUAAAUAAUAAAUUUUUAUUAUACUGAUAAAAAUGUUCAAAAAAUGACAAUUAAUUUAUCUUUGAAAAAUAAUAUACAAAUAUUUAUUGUGAUUUUGGGAAAAAAAUUAACUUACGUGAUUUAUUGGGAAUGAAAUCAUUCGAAUAUAAAAUAUAUUUGUAUCAAACAUCAUUCAAGUUUUUCUAAUAUAAAAAAAUUAUAUCUAAACAUCCUGUAAAGUUAUCAUUUCCUGCGUCGAGCGUGUUUAAUAGAUAUGGAAUCUAGUCUCAUAAAUUAACUAAAAGGAAGUCCAGUUCCUUUAUGUUAGUUAUUGUCCAUUGUGCAGUCUAAAACAGACAUAGUGAAAAACAUUUCAAUAAAAAUUUAAUUUUUUUGUUAUUUUAUCAUUUUAUUCUAUUAUGAUGUUUUAUACAUUCCGAUUAGAGUAAUCAUUAGUCUUACAAACGGCACGUUUUUGUUAACAAAAAAAAGUGACAAUGGAUAUGUUAAUGAUCUUUAUUUUUGCGAAUCAAAUAUUAUAUAUUUUUGGAAAAGUAAUCGUAUUGCGCGGAUUGAUAUCUAAUACGUACGGUUCCAAGAAAGUAAAAUUGAUAUGUCUCUCAAAGGACGAUGGCAGCGCUCUUGUGUGGAACUACAAUUUAAUUUGGAAAUAUAAAUAUUAUUCCGUACAUGGAAACAAUUAUGAAUUUCACGAUUUAAAUAAAUUCAACAAUAGUGAAAUAAAUUGCAAAAUGAAUGCAAAUGAAGACUGUUUGGAAUCAUGGAUUAAACAUGAAUGGAACAUUACAAAUUCUAUCAAAACACCUAUGGGUCCGGUAUUUGAUCAACGUUGGGAAGAAUUUAAACAAUACGAAAAUCUUCAAAAUACUGAUUAUUAUUUUAAAGAUGAACUUAUUAAAAGGGAGAUAAAGCUUGCUUUUUCAGUUCGUACAUCCCACAGUAUGCACAUGUUGAUUUGCAACGGUGAGGAUUAUAACAAAGAUUCUUGCUAUUGGAUUCUUAUAGGCGGUUGGAAUAAUACAUUGUCUGUUAUACGAAAGUGUGUGAUGGGAAUACCUGAACUCGGAAAAGAGCCCCCGGAACAUUCAGAAUGCAGAAAUGCACAAAGUUCUUUUAAGCAUACACCACUGUCAGAAAGUGAAUGGCGAACGUUUAUUAUUACAUGGAAUGCUGAGAUGCGGAAAAUAAUUAUUUAUGAUACUGAUAAAAUUAUUUUGACGUAUACAGACGAGAAAGGACAUUCAAGCAAUAAUUACUACUUAUUUAUUAGAAGCGACACGGCGAUGUUGAUACGACUUCAUUUAUAUUAUUUUCUACAUACAACUGUGGAAAAUGCAGUUUUAACAAGUCCCAUCUUUCAACUUAAUAACGAAAUGAUAUGCGUACAAUUAUUAAUUGGCCUCUGCGCCGAAUGUGAUGCCCACGUAACAUUGCUUGAUUCCACGAAUAAUGAAGAAUUGGUAAAAGUAAUAGUAAAAGGCUCAACAAAAUCUGCGGUUCAUGGCUUACCUAUGUGGCAAUCUGUCGAAAUCAAGAAAAAUUCUUCAAUCAUAGAUUCUAAUACUUAUAGUAAAAUAAUUAUUAAAUUAAUUCCUAAACUUAAUAAUCAUAGCUCAAAUCCAUUGUGGGCGAUAGCGAACGUUCGUCAGUGCCCGCAAAAUGAAGCUUUGAGGAAAGGUGUUAUAUUUUCUAGUUACGACUGGGAUGUAGAGUUUGGCUAUUUUUGGCCGGAAGUGACAUGCCAAAAAUUAUCUUAUGAUAAACAUGUUGUCGUGAAUACUAUAUCGCCUGUAGAUUUAAAUAUAAAUCUGGAAGACGCAAACUGUCCUCAAGGAAGGAUUGGACCGCAAUGCUUGGUUUCUUGCGAAUCUGAUCUGGGCAGUGACGUUAAUUGUAAAGAAACCGAAAUUUGUUACGAAAAUGGUUGCACGUGUGCUCCAGGUUUUAUAGGAGAUACAUGUUCUACGCCUUGUGAUUCAACUAAAUAUGGUCAUGGCUGCAAAAAGACAUGUGGUACAUGUUUCUACAUAAGAGCCAAUGAAGAGUGCAAUAAAGCAACUGGAAUGUGUAUUGAUGAAAUGUGUUAUAAAGGCGACAGUACUAAAAUAUACAUACCACCUUUAUGUCAAAUAAGCAUAAACAAACCCAAUGCACCUACGGUCUCAACAAGCGAGACAAGUAUUUGGGCCGUGGUUCCUAUAACAUGGAAGGAUGAAUACGAAGAAAAAUCAAUUCUUUAUUCAUUCGUCAUUCAAGAACACAUCAAAUACAAGCAACCAUCAUGGAAGAAAUUAUUUCGAAAUAUGACACACUUGACAGAGCAUUUUGAGAAUGUAGAACCUGGUGCUACUUAUCAUAUCGGUUUAAGCUUGGACAUUUCUGGCACGCAAGUACAAAGCGAGUGGCGAGUAGCUGAGACUAAGUGUAACCCAGCUGAAAAUUUUGAUGUGAUUCCCGAAGAAAAUGGCAUGGUAAUUGAGUGGCAAAUCCAUCAAUUAUAUUCAUGUCCGCCAAGUUGGUAUAAUCUGAUAAUUCGUAAAGUAAAUACAAAUGAGGAAGUCGUUUCUAUAUCAGCUCCAUCUUUUCCAUAUAAAGUGCAAGAGUUGCCGUCGUACACUUUUUUUGAUGUAAUCAUAUUUCACAAAGAUAACAUGCUAUUUCAUCAAAAAAUUCGUACGCUUGAAGACAUCCCAUCAACUAAGAUGUCACAAGUCACUUUAAUUUGGAACCCUUCAAAUCAACCAAACGGAGAAAUAGUGCGAUAUGAAGUAAUAUUAGAGAUUAAUAAAUACUAUGGGUGUACAGAUCUAAAAUUAUCUACUCUAGAUAAGCACAUUAUUACAAAAUUUACAACAGAGACAACGAUCACAAUUUCGGAUUUACAUCCAUAUGCAUCUUAUAGUGCGAAAGUCAUAGCUCAUAAUUCACAACAUUUCAGCUUAUUUGCAGAGGCAAUCUUUAAAACAGCAGAAUCCGAGAUACCGUCAGAAGUAUUCAGUCAAUUGAGACUAGAAGGCUGGAAAUUGUUAUGGAGUCCGCCCGCAGAUUGCACCACAAUUUUGGGACCUCUUAAAGCCAGAAUAAAAAUACAAGGCAUUAGUAACGCUGUUAAAUAUUAUAAUGUAACAAAAAUGACUGCUUUCACCUAUUUCAAUUUGGAUUAUUUGUAUCCAAAAUUAAACGGUCUUGAACGAUACUUAGUAAAACUGUACGUAAUAAGAAAUUACAAGAGUAAAGAAAAUACUACCGCUUAUCAAAAAUUUGAGUUUAAAACUCCUCCAACAGCUCCACCUAAAGUAACUAAUUUGGAGAUUGUUGAGAUUGACACUCGUCAAAUGAUAUAUCUCAGAUGGCAAAGCCCUCGUCCACCUCUCAACGGAAUAUUACGUGAUUAUAAUAUUGAGUUAUGUAACAAAUAUAAUAUACUUUGUUCGAAUAUUAAAGUUCAACUCAACGAAUCUUGUGAUUUGUGGAACGAUUACAUCUGCAAAGUUGUGCAAAACACAAAUUCUCCUACGAAUCUACUCUCUCAAACAAUUAAGGUUUUUGCAUAUAACAUGAACGUUACUGAACCAGGACUUCCGGCUUCUGUGACCGAAGAUAUGCUUCUUAAUACAACGCCAGAUGCACCUGACAAUUACACCUUUACUGUCAGUAAUGACAGCAUAAUUGAUUUAAAUUGGCUUCAUCCUUGGAAGACAGGUGGUCAUCUUAAAUCUUUUCGCAUUCGAAUACAAGAAAUCUCUUCAAAUUUGAAAAAAAGUUUUUCUCGAUCACUAAGGAACGAAGUACUUGAAUUCUCAGUGACACAAUAUAUGCGUAACUACAGUGAGCGAUUAUAUUUAUUCCCAUCAACGCAAUACAUCAUCUAUCUUCAAGCUGUAACAGUUGCGAAUAAGUCUAGCAAUACAAAGUUCGUGAACAUUUGUACACCUUCAACCACAGUUUUUGACGGCGUUCUUGAUGUUAUGGUAGACAACUCAAAUUCUACGGUAUUAUUAAAUAUACCUUCUGUUUUAAACGACACUCAAGACAGCAUGAUGCACAUCAUUGUAAAAGGUCCUAAUUCUUGCAAACAAUAUUCGGAAGUGCCAAAGGAUUUACGAGAGCGAGCAGGUGUGAAAAUGUACGAAAAUGCUUGGCAAGCUGCUGAAGUUUCAACCAGUGAGCUAGCUGGUGGACAAUUCAAAAUUGGCGAUAAUAGAAUUUAUGGCAAUGCAAUUAAUUGUCCAUUAAAAUCUAAAGGACUAUACGAAAUUGUGAUUAUUGUAAUCGAACAAAAUUCAAUCUGUAAUUCAAAAUUUAAGCCGAUCAUGCUUACAAAAUUGAUCCAUGUCGAUGAUGCUUCAAUUCUAUCAAUGCAUUAUGUAGCGUGGAUGGUGCCUAUUAUAUUAUUAUUUGUCGUAUUAGGAACAGCUUUUUAUUUGUAUCGAAGAAAGAAACAAAAACGAAUUAAACAGUUAAUACAAAAUGAAAUCGCUUUACCGGAAAACAAAUCUGCAUGUGUAAUAGAAUCUUUAAUAUCGAAUUCAAAGGAAGAUCUGCCAAAUCUGUCUGACAAAUAAUUUUUAUUGAAGAUAAUUAUUUCAGUGUCGCCAAUUGUUAUCACGAAGCAUCAGAAAAUGUGUAACAUGUAGAAAAUAAUUUAAAAUAUUAUUAAAUAUUUCAGGAUACCUACAAUAUUAAUAGAAUGUCGCCGUAGCAUAUUUGGAGUUUUUUAAAACCUGUUUAAAAACUGUAAAUCUUUUUUAAAAAAUAAAACUAUAUUUAUUUUUUACUU